UUAAAAAUGAGAAGAAAUUUGUCUCCAGGAAGCUCAAACAUGGCACACCAGUUUUGUUGACUCUGUCUAGAUAUUUAAUAAGUGGAGCAAGGGAUUCAAUCGACCAUCCUUCCUACUCACACUGUGGGGAGGGAUUAACUUGGUCAUUUGACCAACUGGCAAGCCCGUCAUUUUACACAGGAGAAAGGCCAUUCACUUGCUCAGAAAGUGGGAAUGGAUUCACUCAGUUAUCUCAAUUGGAAGGUACAAGUUCACACUGGGCAAGGCCAUUCAUCUGUUCUGUGUGUGAGAAAGGAUUCAGUUGGUCUUCCCACCUGUGGACACACCAGUCAGUUCACACCACACUGGGCAGAGGCUGGUCAUCUGCUGAAUUUCUGGGAAAGGAUUCACUCAGUCAUUUGACCUAAUGGCUCACCAGCGAGUUCACACCAGGGAGCGGCCGUUCACCUGCUCAGUCUGUGAUAAGAGAUUCACUCACUCUUCCACCCUAUGGAAACACCAGCGAGUUCAUACUGGGGAGAAGCCAUACACCUGCUCAGUCUGUGGGAAGAGAUUCACUGAGUCAUCCACCCUACUGGUACAUCAGCGAGUUCACACUGGGGAGAAGCCAUUCACCUGCUCUGUCUGUGGGAAGGGAUUUAAUCGGUUAUCCCACCUACAGAGUCACGAGCGAGUUCACACUGGGGAGAGGCCUUUCACCUGCUCAGUAUGUGGGAAGGGAUUCACUGAUCCAUCCAACCUACAGAGACAUCAGCAAGUUCACACUGGGGAGAAGCCGUUCACCUGUUCAGAAUGUGGGAAAGAAUUCACUGAGUUAUCCAAUCUACAGAGUCACCAGCGAGUUCACACUGGGGAGAAGCCAUUCACCUGCUCAGAGUGUGGGAAAGGAUUCCCUGAUUCAUCCACCCUACAGAGUCAUCAGCGAGUUCACACUGGAGAGAAACCGUUCACCUGCUCAGAAUAUGGGAAAGGGUUCACUCAUUUAUCCAACCUACGGAGACACCAGAGAGUUCACACUGGGGAGAAGCCGUUCACCUGCUCAGAAUGUGGGAAAGGAUUUACUGCUUCAUCCACCCUGCAUAGUCACCAGCGAGUUCACACUGGGCAGAAGCCUUUCACCUGCUCAGUCUGUGGGAAAGGAUUCUCUCAUUCAUCCACCCUACAGAAUCAUCAGCGAGUUCACACUGGGGAGAAGCCGUUCACCUGCUCAGUCUGUGGGAAGAGAUUCACUCAGUCAUCCCAAGUACAGAGUCAUCAGCGAGUUCACACUGGGGAGAAGCCGUUCACCUGCUCAGUCUGUGGGAAGGGAUUCACUGAUCCAUCCAACCUACAGAGUCAUCAGCGAGUUCACACUGGGGAGAAGCCAUUCACCUGUUCAGAAUGUGGGAAAGAAUUCACUGAGUUAUCCAACCUACAGAGGCACCAGCGAGUUCACACUGGGGAGAAGCCAUUCAACUGCUCAGAGUGUGGGAAAGGAUUCCCUGAUUCAUCCACCCUACAGAGUCAUCAGCGAGUUCACACUGGAGAGAAACCGUUCACCUGCUCAGAAUGUGGGAAAGGGUUCACUCAUUUAUCCAACCUACGGAGACACCAGAGAGUUCACACUGGGGAGAAGCCAUUUACCUGCUCAGAAUGUGGUAAAGGAUUCAGUGAAUCAUCCACCCUACUGGUACAUCAGCGAGUUCACACUGGGGAGAAGCCGUUCACCUGCUCAGAAUGUGGGAAAGGAUUUACUGCUUCAUCCACCCUGCAUAGUCACCAGCGAGUUCACACUGGGCAGAAGCCUUUCACCUGCUCAGUCUGUGGGAAAGGAUUCUCUCAUUCAUCCACCCUACAGAAUCAUCAGCGAGUUCACACUGGGGAGAAGCCGUUCACCUGCUCAGUCUGUGGGAAGAGAUUCACUCAGUCAUCCCAAGUACAGAGUCAUCUGCGAGUUCACACUGGGGAGAAGCCGUUCACCUGUUCAGAAUGUGGGAAGGGAUUUACUCAGUUAUCCCAACUACUGAGUCAUCAGCGAGUUCACACUGGGGAGAAGCCGUUCACCUGCUCAGUCUGUGGGAAGGGAUUCACUGAUCCAUCCAACCUACAGAGUCAUCUGCGAGUUCACACUGGGGAGAAGCCGUUCACCUGUUCAAAAUGUGGGAAGGGAUUUGCUCAGUCAUCCCAACUACUGAGUCAUCAGCGAGUUCAUACUGAUGAGAGACCAUUCCCCUGCUCAGUCUGUGGAAUGAGAUUCACACAUUCAUCCACCCUACAGAGACACCAGCGAGUUCACACUGGGGAGAAGCCAUUCACCUGCUCAGUCUGUGGGAAGAGAUUCACUCGGUCAUCUGACCUACAGAGUCAUCAUCGAAUUCACACUGGGAAGAAG